GGCAGGAGGGAGGCCGUCUCCCUCAUUUUUCCCUCUGACAAGAUGGCGGCGGCGCUGGCGAUGGCGGCACUAACGGCUUUGUGUCCCUUCCGCGCCUGAGCUCGGUUCCGGCUUGGCCGGGGGCACCGAGCGGCGGCGAGAUGACCGCAGAGCCCAUGAGAAUGAGCGAUCUCCUCAGACCCCUCUCAUCCUGUCCUCUUAGACACCUCCAUGAGUCUUUGGAGAUCAUCACCCAAGUUUGGGUAACACUGGUUUGAAAACGAAAGCAAGUUGAACACGUUGGUGCAGAAGCUUCAUGACUUUUUGGCUCACUCAUCUGAAGAAUCUGAAGACGCAAACUCUCCUCCAAGACUAUCUGUGAGCAAAAGUAUAGAUAAAACUAGUGGCCCUGAAAAUAGUCCAAUUCCAAUGGAAAACAACAGAGAAGAGAGUUCUUAAAUGGAAUAAUAUAUGUUGGGUCAACAUCUGAGACUGCUGUAACACGAAAUACAUGGAAGAAUGCAGGGAAAUAGCUCUUCAGAAAGAUCCAAAUCUUUAGGAUCAUCACGGUCAAAAAGGAAACCUACAAUUGUAACAAAAUAUGUUGGAUCAGAUGAUGAGCAAACCUUAACUGAAACAGUAAAUGAAGAUGUUUCAAAUGAAAACUCAGAAAAUGAUGUUGAUAUGAAAAGCUUACCUAAAGGUACAGUGGUUGUACAACCAGAGCCAGUGCUGAAUGAAGACAAAGAUGAUUUUAAAGGGCCUGAAUUUAGAAGCAGAAAUAUCGUUAAAAUGAAACCUGAAGCUCCCAAAAAGCGUGGAGAGGAAGGACUGCAUGGAAUUGUAAGCUGUACAGCCUGUGGGCAACAGGUGAACCAUUUUCAAAAGGAUUCAAUCUAUAGACAUCCUACACUGAAAGUCCUUAUCUGUAAGACUUGCUUCAAAUAUUAUAUGAGCGAUGACAUUAGCCGUGAUUCAGAUGGAAUGGAUGAACAGUGCAGAUGGUGUGCUGAAGGUGGAAACUUAAUCUGCUGUGACUUUUGCCAUAAUGCCUUCUGCAAAAAGUGCAUUUUGCGGAACCUGGGCCGAAAGGAGCUGUCAGCCAUAAUGGAUGAAAAUAACCAAUGGCAUUGCUACAUUUGCCACCCAGAACCUUUGUUGGACUUGGUCACUGCAUGUGACAGUGUUUUUGAAAAUUUAGAACAGUUAUUGCAACAAAACAAAAAGAAGAUCAAAGUUGAGAGUGAAAAAAGUAAAAUAUAUGAUCAUACACUUAAAUUUUCUCCAAAGAGAAAUAUUUCGAAUUGUAAUGGAGAAGAAAAGAAAUUAGAUGAUUCAUAUUCUGGUUCUUUAACCUAUUCCUAUAAAGCACUAGUGGUGCCAAAAGACUUGCUUAAAAAGACAAAAAAACUUGUAGAGACCACAACUAAUAUGAAUGCUAGUUUUGUAAGUUUUUUGAAAACAGCAGCAGAAAAUUCAGAAAUAAACCCUACUAUACAGCUACGUCAACUGAAAGCUUUUAAAUCUGUGUUGAGUGACAUAAAAAAAACUCAUUUAGCAUUAGAAGAAGGUCUGACUCGAGAGAUUCAAGCUUUGGAUAUUAAAAUCAAAGAGAAGAAUACCAAAGAAAAAACCCCUGAUAUUAAACCAGAAAAAAAUGAGGUGAAAAGAGAUGAAAGGAAGGAACAUGCAGAGUUGAAAGAGGAUGUUGUAAAGUCAGUGAAAAAAGCUGUGUCAGAACAGCCUGACAACGAGCCUAUGGACCAAAAUGUUCCAUCAACACAAAAAAAGAAUAUUAGCAGUGAAGAUAAAGAGUCUGAGACAAAAGAAGCACCUCAGUAUGAACCAAAUAGUACUGAGGCUUUAGACAUGGAUAUUGUGUCUGUUCCUUCAUCAGUCCCUGAAGAUAUUUUUGAGACUCUAGAAUCAGCUAUGGAAACUCAGAGUGCAUCUGAUGAACAGGGUGAUGGAAAUACAGCAACAGAGUUGGAGACAGUAAAUGUGAAUAUAAAAUGUACUACGCUUUCAAAAGACAUUAAAGGAGGUACUAAGUUAAAAUCAUCAGCUAAAGUAAGAAAAGAAUUGUUUGUAAAACUGACUCCUGUCUCCCUUUCUGAUUCUCCAGUUAAAGCUGAAGAUCAAGACAAUAAUCCAGUAAAGAGAGAGAAGAAUGCAGAGGUGACACCCAAGGCAGAAAACUGUGAUUCUGGAAAAGAAAAUCAUUACACUGGUAAUGAACACUCACCUGAAAAUAUAAGUGUCCCCUUUAUAGAGGAAUCUGAUCUCAGGAGGUCCCCACGUGUGAAGACCACACCUCUGAGGCGUCCAACAGACACAAAUCCUUUAACAUCUAAUUCAGAAGAGGACAGUAAUGAUGCGUAUUGUGAAAAGCGCAAGCAAAAAUCAUCAACCCAGUCAAGGAGAAAAAAAGAUAAAAGAAAUUCUUCUGACAGUACUACUGAUCAUCUUAAACCUAAUAAGCUUUCUAAAUCCAAACAAUCAGACCUAUUGGAACAAAGUUCAGGUUCAGAUGAGAUGCCAGCAGUCCUUAAAAAUGUAGCUAUGUUGAGUCAUAGUUCCUCAGAUAUUGAUAGCAAUAGUGAAACAUACAGUAAUGUUCAGAAGAAUGCUUUUAAUGAUCUAACAAAACAACCAUUGAAGUAUGAGAAUGGAAAACGCAAAAGAAAAAGUUCCACUUCUGGUUCGGAUUUAGAUGCCAAAAAAGGCAAAUCAGCUAAAGUUUCCACUUCUGCAAAGAAGAAACGACAGAACCCUUCAGAUUCUUCCAAUUAUGAUUCAGAGUUAGAAAGAGAGAUAAAGAGGUUGAGUAAAAUAGAGUCUGCAAAAAAAGCCAAAAAGAAAUACCCCAGAAAAAAAGAGAAUUAUGAUUCUUCUGAAAGUGAGCAGAGUAAAAAAGGAUCUACUAGUAAGAAAAAGAUAAAUUUGAAGAAGCAGCAGGUUGAAUCAUCUGAUGGUGAGAUAUCAUCCCCAGAGAAAGAGGAUACAAGUCAUUCUUCUGAUGAUAAAGUUAGGAAGGGGACAGCAGUCAGUGAAAAAAACAGAGAUUUAAAAGAAAAAACUUCAAAGGGGAAGCAUGAUGAAACAUCUGAUACUGAGAAAUCAUCUUUAGAGAAAGAGGAGAGUUGCCAUUCUUCUGAUGAUAAAAAGAGAGCAGAAGCAAAAGAAAAGAACAGAGAUUUGAAAAAGAGAAAAUUACAGGACAAUUCUUCUUUGGAUGGAACUGAGAAGGGGCAGAGUUGUGAUUCUUCAGAAGACAAAACCAAAAAUAAAAAAGGAACAGAAGUAAAAGAAAAUUUGAAAAAGAAAAGUUACAAGAAAGAAAAAGAUGGUGGUUCUUCUGAUGGAGAUAAAUCAUCCCCGGGGAAAGAGAGUUGCAUUUUCUCUGAAAAUAAAAGUAAAAAUGAAGUGGCUGUUGAGGAAAAAAGAGAGAGAAAUUUGAGAGCGAGAAUAUCAAAGAAGUUGCAGAAUGAUUCAUCUUCAGAUGCUGAUAAAUCCCCAAAGAAAGAGGAGAGUUCUUCUGAAGAUGUUAAACGAAAUAAAAAAAGAGUGGAAGCUAAAGAAAAGAAAAAAGUAAGCCACAAAAAGAAAACUUCCAAGAAAGAACAGAAUGACUCAUCCUCUUCUGAUGAGGAGCCUUAUGAAGACCAAAAGAAGAGUAAAAAGGGGUCUGCUAAAGAGAAUAAAAAGGCUAACUUUAAAGAGAAAAAAAGAAUUUCUAAGAAACAGAAGGAAGACAUCACCUGUUCCUCCUCAUCAGAUGAAGAAGAAAAUGAUGACCAGAAUUCAGAUGACGGAAGCAGUGAUGAGCAGAAGAUUAAGCCAGUGACUGAAAGCCUAAUGCUAUCCUCCAACACAGGAUUUUGUCAGUCUUCAGGAGAUGAAGGAGAGACUAAAUCAGGGGCUGUUCCAGAGGAAGAUGAGGAUGAGGAGGAGGAUGACGAUCCAGAGAAUAGAAUUGCCAAGAAAAUGCUUUUAGAAGAAAUCAAAGCCAAUCUUUCCUCUGAUGAGGAUGCAUCUUCAGAUGAAGAAUCAGAUGAAGGAAAAAAGAAAACUGGAAAGAAAAAUGAAAACGCAGAAGAUGACGAGGAUCAUGAAAAGGAAGAUAAUUCUGAAUCGGAUUCAGAUGAUGAAGAAUCUAAGAAGCCUAGAUACAGACACAGACUGCUGAGACACAAGCUAAGUAUGAGUGAUGGAGAAUCUGAGGAAGAAAAAAAGGGAAAAUCUAAGGACACAAAAGAAGGCAAACGCAAAAAUAGAAGGAAAGUGAGCAGUGAUGAUUCUGAUGACUCAGAAUUUCAAGAAUCUGGAGUUAGUGAAGAAGUCAGUGAAUCUGAAGAUGAGCAACGUCCUAGAACAAGAUCUGCUAAGAAAGCAGAGGCAGAAGAAAAUCAGCGCAGUUACAAGCAGAAAAAGAAAAGACGACGAAUAAAGGUUCAGGAGGAUUCUUCUAGUGAAAAUAAUAACAAGAGUAAUUCUGAGGAUGAAGAUGACAAUGAUUCAAAAUCUCCUGGAAAAGGCCGGAAGAAAAUACGAAAGAUUCUUAAAGAUGAUAAGCUUAGAACAGAAACGCAGAAUGCAUUGAAGGAGGAGGAAGAGAGAAGAAAACGUAUUGCAGAAAGAGAAAGAGAGAGAGAAAAAUUAAGAGAGGUGAUAGAAAUAGAAGAUGCUUCGCCUCUAAAGUGUCCUAUCACAACUAAACUGGUUUUAGAUGAAGAUGAAGAAACCAAAGAACCUAUGGUACAGGUUCACAGAAACAUAGUUACCAAACUGAAACCACAUCAAGUAGAUGGUGUUCAGUUCAUGUGGGAUUGCUGUUGUGAAUCUGUGAAAAAAACAAAGAAGUCUGCAGGUUCUGGAUGCAUUCUUGCCCACUGCAUGGGUCUGGGGAAAACUUUGCAGGUGGUGAGUUUUCUCCAUACAGUUCUGUUGUGUGAUAAAUUGGAUUUUAGCACCGCUCUGGUGGUGUGUCCACUGAACACUGCCUUGAACUGGCUGAAUGAGUUUGAAAAAUGGCAAGAAGGUUUAGAAGAUGAUGAGAAACUAGAGGUCUCUGAACUAGCAACUGUAAAACGCCCUCAAGAAAGAUCCUAUAUGCUGCAGCGAUGGCAGGAAGAUGGAGGAGUUAUGAUCAUAGGCUAUGAGAUGUACCGUAAUCUUGCACAAGGCAGGAAUGUGAAAAGUAGAAAACUUAAGGAAAUAUUUAACAAGGCUCUGGUUGAUCCAGGCCCCGACUUCGUUGUAUGUGAUGAAGGGCACAUAUUAAAAAAUGAAGCUUCUGCUGUUUCUAAGGCUAUGAAUUCUAUCCGAUCCAGGAGGAGGAUAAUUCUUACAGGAACACCACUGCAGAAUAAUCUUAUAGAAUAUCACUGCAUGGUUAAUUUUAUCAAGGAAAAUUUGCUUGGAUCAAUUAAGGAAUUCAGAAAUCGGUUUAUAAAUCCCAUCCAGAAUGGACAGUGCGCAGACUCUACUAUGGUAGAUGUUAGAGUAAUGAAGAAGCGUGCUCACAUACUGUAUGAGAUGUUAGCUGGAUGUGUUCAGAGGAAAGAUUAUACAGCAUUAACAAAGUUCCUGCCACCAAAAUAUGAAUAUGUUCUAGCAGUUAGAAUGACACCUAUUCAGUGUAAACUCUAUCAGUACUACCUGGAUCACUUGACGGGUGUAGGUUGUAGCAGUGAAGGUGGAAGAGGCAAAGCCGGAGCUAAGCUCUUCCAGGACUUCCAGAUGUUAAGCAGAAUCUGGACUCACCCUUGGUGUUUACAGCUGGACUAUAUUAGUAAAGAAAAUAAGGGCUACUUUGAUGAAGACAGUUUGGAUGAGUUCAUAGCUUCAGAUUCAGAUGAAACUUCAAUGAGUUUAAGCUCUGAUGAUUAUGCUAAGAAAAAAAAAUCCAAGGGGAAAAAAGUGAAGAAAGAUAGUAGCUCAAGCGGAAGUGGAAGUGAUAAUGAUGUUGAAGUGAUUAAAGUCUGGAAUUCAAGAUCCCGUGGGGGAGGAGAAGGAAAUACAGAGGAACUUGUAAACAACCCUCCAUUGGCAGCAAAGUCAGAGGAAGGUAAAGCCACAUCCUCUUCCAACCCAGGCAGCCCAGCACCAGACUGGUACAAAGAUUUUGUCACUGAUGCAGACGCUGAAGUAUUGGAACAUUCUGGGAAAAUGGUUCUUCUCUUUGAAAUUCUUCGCAUGGCAGAGGAGCUUGGGAAUAAAGUUUUAGUUUUUAGCCAGUCUCUAAUAUCACUGGAUUUGAUAGAAGAUUUUCUGGAACUGGCAAGCAGGGACAAAACUGACAAAGAUAAACCUGUUAUUUAUAAAGGUGAAGGAAAAUGGUUCAGAAAUAUUGAUUACUACCGUUUAGACGGUUCAACCACAGCUCAAUCAAGGAAGAAAUGGGCUGAAGAAUUUAAUGAUGAAACUAAUGUGAGAGGCCGUUUGUUUAUUAUUUCCACUAAAGCAGGAUCCCUUGGAAUUAAUCUGGUGGCUGCUAAUAGGGUGAUUAUCUUUGACGCCUCUUGGAAUCCAUCUUAUGAUAUUCAAAGUAUCUUUAGAGUUUACCGCUUUGGACAGAACAAACCUGUGUUUGUGUACAGAUUCUUGGCUCAGGGAACAAUGGAGGACAAGAUAUAUGAUCGUCAAGUCACGAAGCAGUCAUUGUCUUUCCGAGUAGUUGACCAACAGCAAGUUGAGCGUCACUUUACUAUGAAUGAGCUUACAGAGCUCUAUACUUUUGAGCCAGACUUGCUGGAUGAUCCUAAUUCAGAAAAGAAAAAGAAGAGGGAUACACCCAUGCUGCCAAAGGAUACAAUUCUAGCAGAAUUGCUUCAGAUCCACAAAGAACAUAUAGUGGGCUAUCAUGAACAUGAUUCCCUCCUAGACCAUAAAGAGGAGGAAGAAUUGACUGAAGAGGAAAGGAAGGCAGCAUGGGCAGAAUAUGAAGCUGAAAAAAAGGGUCUGACCAUGCGCUUCAACUUACAAGCUGGGAUUAAUAUGCCCCCUACCAAUUUCAAUUCUCAAACUCCAUAUAUUCCGUUCAAUUUGGGAGCAUUGUCGGCAAUGAGUAACCAACAACUGGAGGAUCUCAUUAAUCAAGGAAGGGAAAAAGUUGUGGAAGCAACCAAUAAUGUAACAGCAGUAAGAAUUCAGCCCAUUGAAGAUAUAAUUUCAGCUAUAUGGAAGGAAAAUCUGACCCUGACAGAGACCCAAGUACAGGCGUUGGCCCUAAGUAGGCAGGCAAGCCAGGAGCUUGAUGUUAAGCGCAGAGAAGCAAUUUACAAUGAUGUCUUGACAAAACAACAGAUGUUAAUCAGUUGUGUUCAGCGGAUACUUAUGAACAGAAGACUACAACAGCAGUACAAUCAGCAGCAGCAGCAGCAAAUGUCUUAUCAACAAGCAGCAAUGAGUCAUCUCAUGAUGCCAAAGCCUCCAAAUUUAAUCAUGAAUCCUUCCAACUACCAGCAGAUAGAUAUGAGAGGAAUGUAUCAGGCAGUUUCUGGUGGUAUGCAGCCACCGCCAUUGCAGCGUGCACCACCCCCAAUGAGAGGCAAAAAUCCAGGACCUUCCCAAGGGAAAUAAAUGUGAUUUUGCACUAAAAGGAUUGUUAAAAUCAGAGAAAGAACUUUUAUUUUUUUAGGAAUCAAUGGCUUAACAGAACUCAACUUCAUAAAUUGGAUCCCUAAAUGCCAUGUUCCAUAUUAAUGUUUCAACUGUGUUUAAUUUUUCCCUCUCGUGUCAGUGAUGUUGCCUAGAAUUUUCUUACAUGUGUUGAAUACAAGAAAUAUUAAAUUGUUUUCAGUGAAAACAAGUCCUUCUAUAAUAGUAGCAGCUCGCUCCACAGUUUUAUUGUCUAAAGUCCUAUGCUUGUUUUUAGUAACCAUAAAACCAUACCAAACAUGAGAAACUUAGGAAAUAAUACAGAUCUGUAUGUUUCAGUAUGCCAUAUAUAAAAUAUACACAGCUGAGUUCUUGAUUAGAGUUGAUUCCUCAAAUUAUGGAAUACUUUUCUACUUAACCGUUUCUUAAACUUCGCAGGUGUGAUAAGACAGAAAGAAAUGAUCUAGUUUCCUUUUGACUGAAGUCUAGACUCAUGCUACAUUAUCUGUGCUGAAUAAAACAUAGGAACUAAAAAUUCUCUUGAGACAAAAUUGAGUGCAAUAUUCUUAAAUACUACAGUUCUGAACUUUGUCAUGCAGUUAUUUAGAAACUGUGUAUACAGCCUUAAACCAUGACUUGAGAAGAGAAUUUUUUCUUCUCUAGUCUUUUGCCACUUAUUUUCAGUUUGUGAUGGAAUAACUGGUAAAUUUAAUUUGACGGGGUUUUAUCCCUCACACGUUAUUUCACUCUUUUCUGACUCUGUUACAAAGCACAUUUCUGUUAACUCCUUGAUGCUGGUGCUAGUGUCUCUUCCCAUUGCUGGCAAUGGGCUAUGAGCCAAGAAAAUCAAAUUACUGGUAUUUUGGAGGUUAAGAUAUGGGUGGUUGUUAGGGUCACUCCCUGUUUUAUAAACAACAUCAAACUGGCAGACCCAGUACUGACUUUAAAUUGAAUGUGCUUUAACAAUUUCCAGUGCUGCCAGAAUUGUGAAAUAAUUUUCCUUGUAUAGAUAAGGAUCUCUGCCUACCAUGAUCUUCUCUCUACCCAUUCUUUCAUUUUUGUAAGAAUAUAUCUUAAUACAAAAAUACCUUGAUUUUUUUUUUUAAAAUCUAGACCAAGGUAAAUUUCUGAUUCAUUACAUGUCAUUAACACCUUCAUUCCCAACAUUUUAAUAGGAUAGUAGCACUGUUUUGGGGCUUAUGAUGAUCCAGUUAAACACACACAAGGCUUUUCUUUGCAUAGCCUUUUGCUGAUACAUACUGUUUUUAAAGGAAAAACAUUUUUAGAAUAUUGGAGACAAAUUUAAUGACAGGAAUAUUUGAGGUGAUACUGUAUCAGGUAUUUUUGAGAAAUGAAAGCUGGAUGGAGGGAAUUGCUGUAAAUAUCACUGUUCUCACAUAAUUUGCUGACAUCACCUAGAAGUGUUUUGGUUUCUUGAAUCACUCUUUGAAGGACUUUUUUUUGAGAUUUUAUGUGCUCAAAGGACAAGUAUUUCAGCAUCUAAAAUAUAUAAAUCUUGAGAGAGAUUUCAUUUGGGGAUUGAAUUUUUGUUUGUGUGAUAUGACUAGAAUUUGUUAGGUCUGCAAAACCAGCUGACAAAAUUGUUUUGGAUUUUUUUCUGUUAUGAGACAUCUCAAGAAACCUCCUGUGUUCUAAUCCUUUGUCAGCUCCAUAAUCAGAUUUAUCUAAUUUGUGGAACAAGGGAGCUAAAAAAGGUGCAUUCACUUUAGAAGAAGUUGAAAAAAUUAGACUUUUUGAGAGAGCAUUUGAAUGGAAAUGUAUUCCGGGCAACUGUCACUGAUAUUCCAGCAUGUCGUGAAUAAGACAUAUGUUCUACCAGACUUGGGAAUUUUCAAUGGUGUUCUAUGAUAACUCACUCAAAGACUUAAAUGUGGAAGUUUUAGGCAACAUUUGAAGGCACAUUUUUCCACCAUGGACAAAACUACGGAUAACAGAAGACUAAUGCAUAAGAAGAUUAAUCAGAGAUAAAAAGCAUUGAAAUAAAACUUGGACCACUUUGUAUACACGUUCCUCACUUGACAUUUUAGCUGCAUAAUGUGUGUAUAACAUGAAGCUUUAACAAAUAUUUAAAGACAGAACAUUACAUCAAUAAGGUAAUAAAAGGCUCAUUUUUAUAUUUGUUUUAGAUGUUUUAACUAGUUGAAAUGGCUUAAAAUGAUGAAUAAAAAUGUUGCUUGUAAUACAGUUUUGCCUGCUAAAUUCUCCCCAUUUUGUAACCUGUUUAUUCCUUUGGAUGUAAAGCGUUUUUGCUUAGUAUUGUGAUAUUGUAUAUGUUUUGUCCCAGUUGUAUAGUACUGUUUCAGUCCAUCAACCAGCUUUGGCUGCUGAAAUCAUACAGCUGUGAAGACUUGCCUUUGUUUCUGUUAGACGGCUUUCAGUUCUGUAUAAAUAUCUUAAGUACUGUAGAAAAGAUGUCACCUCUUCCUAUAAGGCUGUUUUGUAAUAUAUAUAUAAGGACUGGAAAUGUGUUUUUAAAAAGAAGCAUUCAAGUAUGACAAUAUACUAUCUGUGUUUUCACCAUUCAAAGUGCUGUUUAGUAGUUGAAACUUAAAACUAUUUAAUAUCUCAUUUAAUAAAGUGACCAAGAUACAUAAAC